AUGGCUUAUAGAAGAAAUAUGACCUUAGAAGAAGCUCAUAAUGCUAGGAGAGAUAGGCAGAUUGAAGAUCUACAAGAAACACUUGGUAGGGUUGUUAAUCUGUUAGAAGAUGGUGGUUUAAGGUUCAAUAGGGAACGUGUUGUAGGUGAAAGGGAUGAUGAAUCUCCAGAUCCUAGUGAUAGAUCUGAUAGUAUUCAUAGAUCCUCUAGUGAUUCUGAUGAUGGGUCUAAUCAGUCUAGAAGAAGGCAUAGGAGACAUAAGGAUGAUACUAAAGAUAUUAAAAUAGAUCCACCAGAUUUUAUUGGUUCUUCAUAUCCUGAAGAUUAUUUUGAAUGGGUUCAGGUGAUGGAUAGAAUAAUGGAGAUAAAAGGGUAUGAUGAUAAGAAAAGGAAAAGCAGAAUCAAGACCUGGUCCAAACUGAAGGAAGUUAUGCAGAAGAGAUUUGUUCCUCAGUCGUACAAGCAAGAUCAAUAUCUUCAGAUGAACAAUCUGAAGCAAGGCUCAAAAGAAGUUGUGGAGUAUAUCAGGGAAUUCGAGCAACUGAAGACUCGAACUGGUGUGAAAGAAGCUGAAGAACAUACUAUUGCCAGAUUCCUUGGUGGGUUAAAUGCAUCUAUUACUGAGAAGAUAGAAUUGCAGCCCAUCUGGACAUAUGAAGGUGCUUGCAAAUUGGCUCUCAAAAUUGAGAAACAACUGAAGAAGAAAGUCCAGUACAAGCCUUUUACUAAGACUUCUUCCAGUUCUAGUCAACCAGUUUUGAAGCCCAGUACAACUGGUCAACAGUCCUUCAGAGGCAAAGAAAAGGAAGCUGGAGGAUUCAAGGAGCUAGUUGGAAGAAAAUGCUUUUUAAGUGUCAUGGGUUUGGUCACUUCCAGGAACAAUAUUGACACUGAAGAAAGUGAACAAGUGUAUGAUGAUGAUGAAAGUGAAGAAACAUAUGUUGGUGCUGAUAUUGGAGACAUGUUGGUCGUGAGAAGAGUGAUGCAUGCGAAUGAAGUUGUAACUGAUGCCGCCCAGAGGGAGAAUAUUUUCCAUUCCAGAUGUACUGUUAAAGGCAAGGUGUGUGAUCUGAUCAUCGGUGGUGGGAGUUAUGCUAAUGCUGCUUCUACUUACAUGGUAGAGAAACUAGAGUUGCCAACUGUAAAGCAUCCUCGUCCAUACAAGUUGCAAUGGCUAAGUGAAGGAUCUGAGAGCGUACUGGAGAAAAGGAGCUCACUGGAAUUCACUGAUGUUUUUCUAGAAGACCUACCUGAGGGUUUGCCGCCAGUAAAAGGUAUUGAACACCAGAUUGACCUAGUUCCAGGAUCAGUUCUUCCAAACAAAGCUGCUUACAGAUGUUCACCAACUAAAGCAAAAGAAUUGCAAAGACAAGUAGAUGAGUUGGUUGCCAAAGGUUAUGUGAGAGCUAGUAUGAGUCCUUGCUCAGUUCCAGCUCUCCUGGUUCCAAAGAAAGAUGAUUCGAUGAGAAUGUUUAUCAAGAAUUUCUCUACAGUAGUGGCUCCAAUCACUGACUGUCUGAAGAAAGGCGUAUUUGACUGGCCAAGUUCAGCCCAGUUAGCAUUUGAAUCACUGAAGGAAAAGCUCAGGUCAGCUCCAGUAUUAUCUUUGCCAGAUUUUGAUCAGUUAUUUGAGUUAAAGUGUGACGCCAGUGGUGUGGGUAUUGGUGCAAUUCUGGUGCAAGCAGGGCGUCCAGUUGCAUAUUUCAGUGAAAAACUUAAUGGCUCAAAACUGAAGUAUAGCACUUAUGAUAUAGAGUUUUAUGCAAUUAUUCGUGCUAUCACUCACUGGUCACAUUAUCUGAAGCCAAAACAGUUUGUUUUAUUGUCUGACCACGAAGCACUAAAGUUCAUUAAUGGUCAACACAAGCUUAAUGCCAGACAUCCAAAAUGGGUGGAAUUUUUGCAAUCUUAUUCAUUUGUUUCAAAACAUAAGGCUGGAGUGGCUAAUGUUGUUGUUGAUGCACUUUCCAAACGAUAUUCGUUCUUGUCCAUUCUGGAAGCAAGAGAUCUUGGAUUUUCUUUCAUUAAUGAGUUGGGUUCUAUCCAUGAUCUAUUGAUAAGAGAAGCACAUGGAGGAGGUUUAGCUGGUCAUUUUGGCAUUAACAAAACUGGAGAGAUCCUCACUGAACAUUUCUACUGGCCACGUUUACUGAAGAAUGUUCUGAAUAUUAUCAGUCGCUGUCCAACUUGUCACCAGGCGAAGGCAACUUUUCACAAAGGAUUGUAUACUCCGCUUCUAGUUCCAAGUCAGCCAUGGGAAGAUCUUAGUAUGGAUUUCAUCGUUGCACUGCCCAGAACCCAAAGGGGAAAAGAUUCUAUAAUGGUGGUUGUUGAUCGAUUUUCGAAAAUGGUCCAUUUUGUUCCUUGCAAUACUACAAAUGAUGCUUCAGCAGUGGCAAACUUUUUUAUCAAAGAAAUUGUUCGUUUACAUGGGAUUCCAAAAACAAUUGUUUCAGAUAGAGAUGUCAAGUUUUUGAGUUAUUUCUGGAAGACACUAUGGAGACUGAUGGGUACCAGAUUGAUGUUUAGUACGUCUCAUCAUCCUCAGACUGAUGGACAAACUGAAGUUACUAACAAAACCAUUGGUAUGCUGUUGAGAACAUUGGUGAAGAAAACUUUAAAAGAUUGGGAUCUGAAACUAGCUCAUGCAGAAUUUGCUUUCAACAGAGCUCCUAAUUAUUAUACCAAGAAAUCACCAUUCGAAUUUGUUAUGGAGUCAAUCCUUUAA